AUGGACACAUCGAAAUUGACCGAGGAUGAGCUUCAAGUUCUUUUGGCGAUGAAGGAGGACGUCAAAAAACGUUACAGGGGCGAACGAGGCAAAGCAGUUUCCGUUAUUUAUCCACCGAUGGGUUACGAUUCGAUCCCGAUUGCGGCAUCAAACGCCAAGGAAUUUGGCAAGAAAAAGAGGGUGAACAGAACAGCCAAAUUGAAGCAGAGCAAACUUGAUGUUCGUCGUGAACAGUGGCUUUCCCAAGUGAAGAACAAAGGAUGCAAGGAAGAAACCAGCGGUGUUAGUGGUGUGAAAAUGCCUGCUGAACGGAAUGAUAUUAAUCCCAGUGGUGAAGAGAAUGAGGGUUUGAUGAAUCUUUGCAGUGAUUCCGAGUCACCAUUUAACAGUCCGAUGAGCAGUGUUUUCGGGAGUAACAGAUCACCUUCUCAUUUUACCAGCAAUAGCAGCAGCAGCAGUAGUAGCAGUGGAGGUUGUUGUUCAGAAAACAUGAAUGAAGAAGAUGAGUGCUUGGAUGAUUGGGAAGCCAUUGCCGAUGCUUUAGCAGCUGAUGAAAUUAAAAAUAAUAAUCUUGAAUCCCCUGAGCCAGAUUCUGUGACAGCAACCAUGGAGGCAAGUCAAGAUGAUUGCUGUGCUCGAGCUUGGAGAGCAGAUGAUGUUUUUCGACCUCAGAGUCUGCCAAACUUACUAAAACAAAACAGCUUUCCAUGUUUCAAGAAUGUUUGUUCACCAUCAACGUGUCCUAUAUGCUGUGAAGAUCUGGACUUGACAGACACAAGUUUUCUUCCUUGUCCAUGUGGCUACAGGCUCUGUCUUUUCUGCCACAAGAGAAUUCUUGAAGAUGAUGGCCGUUGUCCAGGAUGCAGGAAACAGUAUGACCACCAUGGCCCGGGUAAUCUAUCUUCAAAAAUGGGCCGUUCUUACAGCAUGAUCCCUAGGCGUUAGAAAAGUAUGUAUGAUGACCUCUUUUUUCACAUCUUUCUUGUCUCUUUACUGUUAGAAACUGCUGUUAAUAGUUAUGCAGUUCUCUUAUCGGUCGAACCAUUUUUAUAGCAAUAUGAUUCUAUAGAGGACUAGUUGGUAUGGAU